AUGACAGCAUUGCGUAUGGCCCCUACAGUCCGCAAAUUGCAAAAUAGAAUCGGCUACAAUUUCAAAAACGCUCAGUACCUAUGGGAAGCCGUACAGGCCCCGGGAUCAAUUAUACGCUCCGGCGAAGUCCAAGGCGCUGGGUCUGAGCGUCACAGUGUAGGGUUUCAAACAUUUCCAGAUGGCAACCGCAGACUUGCUAUCGUUGGCGAUGCCGUUCUGAAGCUGGCGCUUGUUGAGGAUUGGUACAAGGGGGAGGGGUCCAGAGAGAGGCUCUCCCGCAUUGUCUCCGACGUUGGCUCAAAUGCCAAUCUUUACAUGGUCGGUCGCACCAACGGACUGGACACGCUCAUCAACAAGAAUCCGUCUUCCAAAGAUGCUCCUGUAGGACCAACUGUGAUGGCUGGCACCAUCGAGGCUAUUAUCGGUGCUGUAUAUAUUGACGGCGAUAUGAUAUCUGUUGCGAAAGUGAUGCAGAAUCUAGGCCUGAUGCCUAGACUUGUGCGUAAAACGGGAACGAAAGUGCCGGUUUCGGAGACUGUGAAACAAGCAGUACCUACGCCUGUUAUUGAGGGUCAACGAGAAAAGGAGACACCUCCAAAAGACUCGGAUGAGACGUUGGGGAGUGGGAUGCAAGUGUCUCAAGAGCUAGUAAAUGCGUGCCGGGAAAACUCAACGGAAGUACAGCUCAAGCAGCGACUGGAUCAAAACGACCAAUCACCAUGA